AUGGCUUCAGUAGCUUCAUCUUCAUCCUUUUCCACAAGGCUUCUUCUGCAUUCACCCACACCUCUGUUAGGCAGAAGAAGAUGCAGACCCAAUUUUCUGACGAUGGUCACUCGCUCCUGUCUCGAUGACAGUUCUGCUCUCCUUCGUGCCGCGCAAUACACUGUGGAUACAUACGUGAAAAGUGGCAUGGUUGUAGGAUUGGGGUCUGGUCAUGCUUCUGGUAUGGCCAUUCAACAUUUGGGUCGCCAGCUUCGUACUGGUAAUUUGAAGGAUAUAGUUGGCAUUCCCAUGUCUGUUGCAAGUGCAAGUGAGGCAGCCAAGGCUGGGAUUCCAUUGGAUACCUACCAAGAAAGUUCUCAAAUUGAUUUUGCAUUUGAUGAUGCUGAUGUUAUAGAAGAAGGAACACUUGUUGCUAUCAUUGGGCGCCGGAAAUUGCAAGGUGGGGAAUCCAUAAUCCAGGAGAAGUCUAUAAUAAAUGCCUCCAAUAAACUUGUGUUCAUUAUCGAAGAAAACCAGUACAAAGGUGGUCUGGAAGGUUCUAUUCCAGUUUUAAUUCAGUCUCUCAACUGGAUGGCAACUGCUGAAGAGAUUGAUGAUAUGUUUUUGGGUGAUGCUGAGGUCUGGAGAAGACCAUCAAUUGGGCAAGCAGGUCCGUUAGGAGGUGACUUUCCAGUAGUCACCACGGAAGGGCACAAUAUUCUUGAUGUUAUCUUUACAUCUCCAAUAGAAAACCUUGCUGAAGUAGCAAAGAGCCUUGGUAAAGUUGAUGGUGUUGUGGACCAUGGUGUUGUGUCUAAAAUUCCAUGCACAGUGGUAAUUGCUUCUCAGAAUGGGCUGAACAUUUUGGACAAAUUGACAGCAGAUAUAGUGAGUUAG